AUCACAUGUGCGACAAAAAAACUCGGAACACGUAGUUAUAGCGAACCCGCUCGUGUUGUGAUCAAUUUACUCAGAACAGAACAGUCGAAAGCGUGCCUUGGUUGUGAAUAGACGCUUGUUUUUCGCCAAACGUCACUUGAUAUAUUAUAUAUAAAACUAGUUAGGUACGACAACAGUAACAGCCAUGGUAUUCAACAAAGAUGAAAUGCAUGCACCAGCCUGGAUGAACAGCGCGUUUUUAGAAAAAGUGCUUAAGCAAUCAGAGAACAACAACGGGCUAAACGUAACUGAGUGCCAAAUAGUCCCUGGCACGCGACCAGGAGAUCAUUUUGCCAGUAUUAUUUUUCGUGCUAUUGUAAAAUAUCAAAGCCGUGGAGCAGAUCAUGAAGUUUCAUUGAUAGUUAAAACGGUUCCCGAUGGAAAUGGUUUGAAACGGGACUUACUCAAAGAUGGAGUCUUGUUCGAUACGGAAAUCGUGAUGUAUAACUCCGUAAUACCGGAAAUGCAUCGCUUACUUCGGUCGGUAGGAGAUGACACGGAACUAGGACCAAGAUUGUUGUAUUUCGCAAAAGAGCCAAACGUUGUAAUGGUAUUCGAAGAUAUUUCUGUUCAAGGAUAUAGCAUGAAAGACUCACUUCUCAGCCUGAGUGAAGCGAAGAUAGUCUACAAAAAAAUGGCGAGAUGGCAUGCAGCAUCGGUGCACCUAGCUAACACGGUACCAGUGAUAAAAACAUUGAAUAAAGGUCUAGCUUCCGUUACUAACGAAGAAUUUGAGUCAAUCUGGGACAGCAAUAUUGGAAUGUUGGCUAAAGUUAUUCAAGAAUGGCCAGGAUAUGAACAUUUCAGUGAAAAGGUUGACAACCUAAAGAAAAAAAUUUACAAAAAGCUCAGUCACAUCUACCAGUUGAAAGAAUCGAACAUCUACAACGUGUUAAACCAUGGAGAUUUGCACUACAAAAAUAUGAUGUAUAAGAUUGAAAACGGAACCACUAAGGAUAUACUACUGCUCGAUUACCAAAUUAGUGUGUGGGGAUCUCCAGCUAUCGACAUCAUCUAUUCCCUCUAUGUUUUGUGUUCAACAGAAACCAGAGAAAACCAUCGCGGCGAACUAAUCAAAUUUUACUACGACGAAUUCGUAGCAUCGCUGAAUAAAUUCGGACAUCUCGGAAAAAUUCCAACUUUACUGGACCUUAACGUUGAAAUUCUUAAAUGUGGUCAUUUGGAAAUUUUCAUAUCAACCGCCUUCCUACCAUUCAUGUUUGUGAGAUUCGAGGAAAUGUUGGAAGAGCACUCUAAAAGCAGCAACUCGGACGAAGGUUUCGAGUUCGAUUUCAGCAAUAAGGAAAAAAUGCAAGAAAUGCUCGAGGGUAGCUAUCGAAAUCCUGUCUAUACGGCUGUCAUGCAGAAAUCUUUGCCUGUCUUCCUGACUAAAGGGUUUCUAGAUAUUUAAGAGGAUUUGCAAGGCGUCGUCUGGAUUCGAAUAAAAGCACGAGUAUCAAGACAUCUUGAUGUAUUUUAUAUGUUGUUGUGUUCCAUUCCACUUGUAAAGUAUAUCGAAGUUCGAAAAUAAAAAUAAAAUGCAAUUUCGUGGAUAAA